AUUGCACCGUAGACACCACAACUUAUUGUAAUCCCAUCCAAUCAAAACAUAAGCUAAUAUCUUCUCCCCAUGGCUUUUCUUGAAUCCUUGGUCAUUCUCUUUUUGUUUUUCAAUCUUAUUUCAAUUGUUAUAAUUAUACAUAGACAUCAAAAACAAAGAGCAACUGUCAUCCCUAAAAAUUGGCCAAUUCUUGGUAUGAUACCAGCGAUUCUUGUAAACGCUCACCGAUUCCUAGAUUACACCACCGGAAUUCUGAUACAAAGUGGUGGUACAGUCAUACUCAAAGGCCCUUGGUUUGCCAACAUGGACAUGCUACUUACCACGGAUCCCUUAGACAUCCACCACAUUCUAAGCAAAAACUUCAGCAAUUAUCCCAAAGGUGACAAAUUUCGUAAGAUCUUUGACAGCCUAGGAGAUGGAAUUCUCAAUACUGACGGCGAGCCAUGGGAGUUGAACCGCAAGGUCAUUUUUUCUGUCUUCAAGAAUGCGGGAUUUCAGACUACCAUGGAAACAACUAUGUGGAAUAAAGUGGAAAAUGGGCUUCUACCUAUACUUGAAUCUAUAUGUGAGCGUGGCGCUGAGACUGAUUUGCAGGAUAUUUUUCAAAGGUUUGCUUUUGAUACCGUGUGCAUAUUACUCCUUGAUAACGACCCAGGAAGCUUGUCUCUUGAUUUUCCUUACAUCCCUUGUUUGAAAGCCUUCGCUGAUGCGGAGCAAGCUCUUUUGCUUAGGCAUCUUACGCCCCCAUAUCUUUGGAAAUUGAAACAAAUUCUUAAAGUGGGGACAGAGAAGAAGUUGAGCGAUGCGUGGAAAAAUGUUGAUGAAUAUAUAUACAAACGCUUGGCACAGAUAAAGGAGGAGCGCAAUAACAUGAACCAUAAGGCAGAAAAGUUUUUAUUUUUCACAGCUAUCAUGAGUGAGCUUACAAAUCAGAGUGGCACUUCCAUGGAUCCUACAAAAUUUCUAAGAGACACCAUACAAAAUUUGAUGGCUGCAGGAAAAGAUACUGUCGGCAGCGCUCUAUCUUGGUUCUUUUAUCUUCUUGCGGCAAACCCAACCGUAGAAGAUAAAAUUCUAGAAGAAAUGAAAACACAUUUGGAUGUCGAUACACGUAAAAGAUGGAACACGUCAGAGUUAGACAAAAUGGUUUACCUUCAUGGAGCUUUAUGUGAAUCCUUAAGGUUAUAUCCCCCUGUCCCUUUUAACCACAAAUCUCCAGUACAACCAGAAAUCCUUCCAAGUGGCCACCAAGUUAAUCAAAAUACCAAGAUUAUUCUCUCUUUUUAUUCUAUGGGGAGGAUGGAAUCAAUAUGGGGGAAGGAUUGCAUGGAGUUUAAGCCUGAAAGGUGGAUUUCUGAUAGCGGAGGAAUAAAAAAUGAACCAUCAUACAAGUUCCCGACGUUUAAUGCUGGACCGAGAGCUUGUUUAGGUAAGAAUAUGGCUUUCUCUCAGCUGAAGAUAGUCGUGACCACGAUCAUUUACCAUUACCAUGUUCAACUGGUGGAAGAUCAUCCUGUGCUUCCGGCAGAUUCUAUUGUGCUUCAUAUGAAGCAUGGUCUCAAGGUCAGGUUGAACAGAAGAAGCAAACUAUGCUAAAGUUUUCGUUAAGCAUCAACCAAUUAUAAUUUUAUUGUGUGCUAUUAUGAUAUUGUGAACUUAAUAAAUCAUAUCAGUGUAUACCUACUAUGUUUCGAAGUGAUAAACGGUAAUCAUGUAGUUGUAAAAGAAUAUGAUAAUAUCUUAUUUGUACUUUAA